AGCGCAGCCCUGACAGAAGCCCCCGGCUUGGCAGCCAAUAGCGAGCCGAGCAGCAGUGACAGACACCAAUAGCAUGGCGGAGCAGGAGGAGACCAGCGGCCACUUCCUAGGACGCUGCAGUGAGUGAGAGAGAGGGGGGAGGGGGUCAGCUAGCGCACCUGACAGGAGGAGGACUUCCCGGGGUUGUAGUGCCAGUGCCAGUGCCGGUUAGGAGCUGUGACCCGGCUGCCCGCACAGGACCUUGUACCACGGACGUCCCCAGCACCUGUCAGCCAGGAACGGCGGGCCCUGUGUGUCCCUGCACCCAGCCAUGGCCAGCCAGGAGAGACAGGUGCAGACAACAGGUGAAGAGCGGAGAGCGGCUGCUGAGGGCCCCGAUCCCGGGGGGGCCAAAGCUCUAGGCCCAGGGGUGCCAAUCAGGGGCAUCCGCAUGAAGUUUGCCGUGCUCAGUGGACUGGUGGAGGUCGGGGAGGUGACCACUCGGGACCUGGUGGAGACCGUGUUUAACCUGCUCGUUGGAGGGCAGUUUGACCUGGAAAUGAAUUUUAUCAUUCAAGAAGGAGAAAGCAUUAUUUGUAUGAUGGAACUGUUAAACAAAUGUGAUGUCACCUGCCAAGCAGAAAUCUGGAGCAUCUUUACUGCCAUUCUGAAGAAGAGCAUUCGCAAUCUUCUAAUCUGCAAUGAUGUUGGCUUGGUUGAACUGGUUUUGAACAGUAUUGACAAGGUUGACGGCAUGAUUGCAGAUCUUUUAGUGGACAUGUUGGGCGUGCUAGCAAGUUACAGCAUUACCGUCCGUGAGCUAAAGCUAUUUUUUAGUAAACUUCAGGGAGAAAAGGGACAUUGGCCUCCUCACGCGGUAAAACUUUUGUCCGUGUUAAAGCACAUGCCUCAAAAGUAUGGUCCUGAUGCCUUUUUCAACUUUCCUGGAAAGAGUGCUGCAGCCAUUGCCUUACCUCCAAUUGCAAAAUGGCCAUAUCAGAAUGGCUUCACUUUUCACACCUGGUUAAGAAUGGAUCCAAUAAACAACAUCAAUGUGGACAAGGCAAAACCCUAUUUAUAUUGCUUUAGAACAAACAAAGGACUUGGUUAUUCUGCCCAUUUUGUUGGCGGUUGUUUGAUUGUAACAUCCAUAAAGUCCAAAGGAAAAGGCUUUCAGCACUGUGUGAAGUACGAUUUCAAGCCUCAAAAGUGGUACAUGGUGUCAAUUGUUCACAUUUACAAUAGAUGGAAAAACAGUGAACUGCGAUGCUAUGUAAAUGGGGAACUGGCUUCAUACGGAGAGAUUACCUGGCUUGUCAAUACGAGUGAUACUUUUGACAAGUGUUUUUUGGGCUCUUCUGAAACAGCGGAUGCUAACAGAGUGUUUUGUGGGCAAAUGGCUUCUGUCUAUCUUUUCAGUGAAGCCCUCAACGCAGCGCAGAUAUUUGCCAUUUAUCAGCUUGGUCCUUCAUACAAGGGAACAUUUAAGUUCAAGGCAGAAAGUGACCUCUUUCUUGCAGAACACCACAAAUUGCUGCUGUAUGAUGGCAAGCUGUCCAGUUCAAUUGCAUUCACAUAUAACCCAAGAGCUACAGACGCUCAGCUCUGCCUGGAAUCUUCUCCCAAAGACAACGCCUCUAUAUUUGUCCAUUCUCCCCAUGCCUUGAUGCUCCAGGAUGUAAAAGCUGUUCUAACCCACUCAAUUCAAAGUGCGAUGCACUCCAUUGGAGGAAUACAGGUUCUCUUCCCUCUUUUUGCUCAGCUGGACUAUAAGCAAUACGGGUCUGAUCACAUUGACACUUCUGUCUGCUCUACUCUUUUGGCCUUCAUUUUGGAGUUGCUGAAAAACUCACUCGCUAUGCAAGAACAGAUGCUCUCUUCAAAGGGCUUCCUUGUAAUUGGGUAUAGUCUUGAGAAGUCUUCCAAAACACACGUAACAUUAGCUGUCUUAGAACUUAGCCUGGCGUUCUCAAAAUAUCUGAGCACUUUGCAUAAUGGCAUUCCGCUACUGAAACAGUUGUGUGACCACAUUUUACUCAACCCAGCAAUAUGGAUUCAUACACCUGCAAAGGUACAACUGGCAUUGUACACCUACAUGUCUACUGACUUCAUCAGCACAGUUAACAUAUACAAUGCAAUCCGGAGAAUAGGGACAGUCCUCCUUGUAAUGCACACUCUGAAAUAUUACUACUGGAUUGUAAAUCCCCAGGACCGUAGUGGGAUUAUUCCAAAAGGGCUUGAUGGACCUCGCCCUAACCAGAAGGAGAUACUGGCACUUAGAGCUUUCCUGCUGAUCUUUAUCAAGCAGUUGGUAAUGAAGGAUUAUGGCGUAAAAGAUGAUGAGUUGCAGGCAAUUGUCAAUUUUCUUUUGACAAUCCAUGAAGAUGACAAUUUGAUGGAUGUUCUGCAGUUACUUGUUGCCCUGAUGUCUGAACACCCAAAUUCAAUGGUUCCAGCUUUUGAUCAAAAAAAUGGAUUAAGGGUUGUUUAUAAACUGCUGGCAUCAAAAAGUGAAGCAAUCAGAGUCCAAGCAUUAAAAGUCCUGGGUUACUUCUUGAAAUACUUGUCACCAAAGAGAAAAGUGGAGGUUAUGCAGGGCCAUGGAUUAUUUUCGCUGUUGGCAGAAAGGUUAAUGCUAGAGGCAAAAACAAUUACAAUUACAACUUACAAUGUGUUAUUUGAGAUUCUCAUAGAACAAAUCAGCACCCAGGUGAUACAUAAGCAGCACCCUGACCCAGACUCCUCCGUCAAGAUCCAAAAUCCCUUGAUUCUUAAAGUUAUCGCUACACUCCUUCGAAAUUCUCCUGCAUCUCAAGAGGUCAUGGAGGUGAGGCGGAUGUUCCUCUCGGACAUGAUAAAACUUUUUAAUAACAGCAGAGAAAACAGAAGGAGUUUGCUCCAGUGUUCUGUCUGGCAGGAGUGGAUGUUGUCUUUGUGCUAUUUUAGCCCCAGGAACACAGAGGAGCAGAAGAUUACAGAGAUGGUGUAUGCCAUCUUUCGCAUCCUUCUUUACCAUGCAAUUAAAUAUGAGUGGGGUGGCUGGCGCGUUUGGGUGGAUACAAUCUCCAUUACACAUUCAAAGGUCACUUAUGAAAUGCACAAAGAGAGUCUGGCUCAAGCAUUCAGGGACUAUGAGGACCAUGUAGGUGGUGAAAUAGGUCCAGGACCAUCAAGUCCUAUAAGGACUAUCUCAGGGUAUAGCAGGCAGGAAGAGACAACACCGCAAACACCAGCUUUGGAACUGUCUGAAAUUGCACUGAAUUAUACUGAAAAUAAAGAGCCUGGAGAAACUGUGAAAGAGGAAAAGAGUGAGGACAGUAAGGAGAGUCAUUCCCCCACUGUAGACAACCUGGAAAGAAAGGAGUCUGAAACGGCUAUUAGUGAAGAGAUUUCUGAAGGCAAAAAUGAGGUUCAUCUAGAAGCAGCAGAAGGUCAUCAAAAAGACUCAAAUGAAUCUCCAGGCAAAGUGACCAUAACCAGCAUCUCUUAUGACAGUCAUGAUGGUGAAUCUACCUCUGCUCUUGGUGCUUCUGGUAUUGAAACUGAACAUGUCGAGGCGCCAAAUAGUGAAGAGAACUUAGAUGUGGUGGAAAAGGAAACUAAUGGGGACAUUACUGCAGCUGAUGGGCAGAAUUCCACAGCUGAAAUAAAUAUUUCCAAUGAAAAUGAGACAUUGGAAGCUCCAGAGGAACCACAAACAGAAUGUAGUAGUGAAGAGACUACACGGGUGGCUAGUACAGAGCUGAAAGAUUCCACACCUGAACUUUCUAGAAGUCCAUCAGCAGAUGUACCAGAAGGCGCAGUUGAGACAACAGCAUCUUCUGUCGAAGCAGUAGGAAAUGACAAAGCUGAUUCAGAGAAUGUAGGUCAGAAUGUGGCUCCUACUGUUAUAAAUAACAUAAAUGACACAGGAGAACUAAAUGUGAAUGCUUCAGAUGUUCAGAAUAUUGAAAAGAAAAUUGCAAAGCUUGAUGUGUCAAGUAUUGCAUCAGAUACUGAAAACUUGGAACUGAAAGCCAGCACAAGUAGUGAACCAGAACUGUCACAAAGACCUGUUGCUGAGUCUGUGAAACCGACAGAUCCACAUGAAGGGGAGCGUGUAGCCUUAUCAGAUGGGCAGAGAAGAGACUCCAGAUCUACAAUGUUUCGUAUUCCUGAGUUUAAGUGGUCAAUGAUGCAUCAGCGGCUUCUAACAGAUCUUCUGUUUUCAAUUGAAACUGACAUCCAAAUGUGGCGAAGUCACUCUACGAAGACUAUAAUGGAUUUUGUAAACAGCAGUGAUAAUGUCAUUUUUGUGCACAACACAAUCCACCUCAUCUCUCAGAUCACAGACAACAUGAUAAUGGCUUGUGGUGGUAUACUACCAUUACUUUCUGCAGCGACCUCUGCCACGCAUGAACUAGAAAAUAUUGAACCAACUCAAGGUCUGUCAAUAGAGGCAUCUGUGACCUUCCUUCAAAGGGCGAUAAGCUUAGUGGAUGUUCUCAUUUUUGCAAGUUCUUUGAGCUUUACAGACAUUGAGGCUGAAAAGAAUAUGUCAUCUGGAGGAGUAUUACGUCAGUGUCUCAGAUUAGUCUGUGCAGUUGCUGUUAGGAAUUGUCUGGAGUGUCAGCAGCACUUGCAAUUAAAAUCCACAGGAGAAAAUAUGAAAAACCAAAAGGCAAUUCAUGGCCUGGUGGGAACAGCAAAGUCUGCCGCAAAGAGUCCAUUGGACAUUACAACUGGAAUAAUUUCUCCUAUCAGAGACAUUGACAGACUUCUGCAAGACAUGGAUAUAAACCGCUUAAGAGCAGUGGUCUUCAGAGAUGUGGAGGACAGCAAACAGGCUCAGUUUUUAGCUCUGGCUGUAGUUUACUUCAUCUCUGUUCUCAUGGUAUCGAAGUAUCGAGACAUCUUGGAGCCUCAAAAUGAAAGGAAGCAGCCUCAAGUCAGCAGCCCAUCCAGACAAGUGAAUAACAGCAAUGGAGAUGUUGGAACAUCAGGCUCACAAGAUGGCACAUCUGUAGAACAAGCUAGCCCAAAUGAUUUGGACAGUACCACAUCUGUAAGAAGAAGAGACUCUGGUAUUGGGGAGGAAACUGUUUUGCCACCUAACAGUAAUACGGAAUCAGAUCCUUCCAAGUUGGACCCUGUGAGUUCAGGUCCCGAUGCUAUAAGUGAAGUACUACAUACACUAUCAUCAGAAGUCAAAAAAUCUCAGGAAAGUGGAACUGAUGGUGUGAAAGAGCAACCAACUGCUAAAAAUGUGAAUGUAAAAGAUAUUCUUCGAAGCCUUGUCAGUAUGCCAGCUGAAGAAUCCCAAAUAGAUCCUGCUUUACUACCGCCUGCAUUUCUUGGAGCUCUUGGGGAUCCUGUUGCUGAACAUGCAGUACAAUUUCGAUCAUUUGACAGGAGUGUUGUCAUAGCACAGAAGAAGUCUUCUGCCCCCACUCCAGCUCCACUCGGUGCUGUCCCACAUGCAGUCAGUGUGGUGUCAUCCAUGGAAGCGUCUCAAACUGCUGACACAGAUCGAGAUUCCUCUGGCAGUGGAUCAUCUAGUUCAAAGCUACCAUCUGUCCAGGCGGUUGACUCUGUGCUAGAAGAUGCUGCUUCUCACAUGAGUAUUACAGAGAGGUUGGAACAUGCACUGGAAAAAGCUGCUCCACUCCUGAGGGAGAUUUUUGUGGACUUUGCCCCAUUUCUAUCUCGUACACUUUUAGGAAGUCAUGGCCAAGAACUACUUAUUGAAGGAACAAGCCUGGUGUGUAUGAAAUCCAGUAGCUCAGUUGUGGAGUUGGUCAUGCUUCUGUGCUCCCAGGAAUGGCAGAAUUCUAUUCAGAAGAAUGCUGGACUUGCUUUCAUUGAGUUGGUGAAUGAAGGAAGAUUGCUGAGCCAAACAAUGAAAGAUCACUUGGUGAGGGUAGCAAAUGAAGCCGAAUUUAUCCUAAGCAGACAACGGGCAGAGGAAAUACAUAGGCAUGCAGAGUUUGAGUCACUUUGUGCACAAUAUUCAGCAGAAAAGAGAGAAGAUGAAAAGAUGUGCGACCAUUUAAUCAGAGCUGCCAAGUACAGAGAUCAUGUGACUGCUACCCAGCUAGUGCAAAAAAUUAUUAAUAUUCUCACAGACAAACAUGGAGCAUGGGGAAAUGCUUCAGCAAGCCGGCCCCGGGAGUUCUGGCGCCUUGACUACUGGGAAGAUGACUUGAGGCGCCGACGACGAUUUGUGCGGAACCCCCUUGGUUCGACACAUCCUGAAGCGACACUCAAAGCAGCCAUAGAGCAUGAUCCAGAAGAAAACGCUCUAAUGAAAGGCAAACAAUCAAUCAGGAGCCAGGUUACAGGAGGGCAGAGCUCUGAGAGUGAUAGCCUUCUGGAAGGGGAUGAUGACACCUUGUCAUCAUUAGAGGAGAAGGACUUGGAAAAUGUCACAGGUCCGGUGAGCCUGAGCACCCCAGCGCAGUUAAUAGCCCCCUCUGUGGUGGUAAAGGGGACCCUAUCCGUCACCUCCUUUGAACUCUACUUUGAAGUGGACGAGGAUGAUCCGAACUUUAAGAAAAUCGAUCCUAAGAUUUUCACCUAUACAGAGGGAGUUCAUGGAAAAUGGCUUUUCACAGAAAUUCGCUCCAUUUUUUCGAGACGCUAUCUUCUGCAAAAUACAGCACUGGAACUAUUCAUGGCAAACAGAGUUGCUGUCAUGUUCAACUUUCCCGACCAAGCUACAGUGAAAAAGGUUGUUCAUUGCCUCCCCAGAGUUGGAAUUAGCACAAAUUUUGGUCUUCCACAAACCAGACGCAUCUCCCUGGCUAGCCCUCGGCAGAUAUUUAAAGCAUCAAACAUGACUCAGCGUUGGCAGCACAGAGAAAUCUCAAACUUUGAAUACUUGAUGUUCUUAAACACAAUAGCUGGACGAACCUACAAUGACUUGAAUCAGUAUCCAGUUUUUCCUUGGGUUAUCACAAAUUAUGAAUCUGAAGAGCUGGAUUUGACCCUCCCGAGCAACUUUAGGGAUUUGUCAAAGCCUGUUGGAGCCCUUAAUCCCAAGCGAGCAGCCUUUUUUGCCGAGCGCUACGAAUCCUGGGAGGAUGAACAAGUUCCAAAGUUUCACUAUGGCACACAUUACUCCACUGCAAGCUUUGUACUCAGCUGGCUUUUAAGAAUUGAGCCCUUUACAACCUUUUUCCUAAAUUUUCAAGGUGGGAAAUUUGACCAUGCUGACAGAACAUUUUCUUCAGUAUCAAGAGCAUGGCGUAAUUCUCAGCGUGACACUUCAGACAUCAAGGAGCUCAUUCCUGAAUUCUACUACCUACCAGAGAUGUUUGUCAACUCGAAUGAUUACAACCUUGGAGUGAUGGAUGAUGGUACAGUAGUAUCUGAUGUGGAGCUCCCACCAUGGGCCAAAACACCAGAAGAGUUUGUUCGCGUUAACAGAUUGGCCUUGGAAAGUGAAUUUGUUUCUUGCCAGCUACAUCAGUGGAUUGACCUUAUAUUUGGCUACAAGCAACAGGGUCCUGAAGCAGUUCGAGCCCUAAAUGUAUUCUACUAUUUGACCUAUGAAGGCACUGUCAACUUAAGCUCAAUAACUGAUCCUAUCCUGAGAGAGGGUGUGGAGGCUCAAAUCCGAAGUUUUGGACAGACCCCAUCACAGCUGUUAAUAGAGCCGCAUCCUCCCAGGAGUUCAGCUAUGCAAGUGUAUCUCCUCCUGCAGACUCCACUGAUGUUUACAGACCAAGCUCACCACGAUGUCAUUAUGGUUCUGAAGUUCCCCUCCAACUCACCCGUCACUCACGUUGCAGCGAAUACUCAGCCUGGGCUGGCCAGUCCCGCAGUCAUUACUGUCACAGCUAACAGGCUAUUUGCAGUGAACAAGUGGCAUAGUCUUCCUGCCCAUCAAGGUGCAGUGCAGGACCAGCCGUACCAGCUGCCGGUGGAGAUCGAUCCUCUCAUAGUCAACAACACUGGAAUGCACAGACGGCAAAUCUCAGACCUUUUAGACCAAAGUAUCCAGGUCCAUUCUCAGUGCUUUGUGAUCACAGCUGACAAUCGCUUCAUAAUCGUGUGUGGCUUCUGGGACAAAAGUUUCCGGGUGUAUUCCACUGACACUGGUAAACUAACUCAGGUGGUGUUUGGGCACUGGGAUGUGGUAACAUGCAUGGCCCGAUCUGAAUCCUACAUAGGAGGAGACUGUUACAUCCUCUCAGGAUCAAGAGAUGCAACACUAUUGUUGUGGUACUGGAAUGGCAAAAGCAACGGUAUUGGAGACAAUCCAAACAAUGAGUUUGCUACUCCUCGUGCAAUUUUGACUGGCCAUGAUCGUGAGAUUACAUGUGCUGCUGUCUGUGUAGAGCUGGGCUUAGUGAUAAGCGGUUCCAAAGAAGGUCCUUGUUUGAUACAUUCUAUUAAUGGAGACCUUUUGAGGACUCUUCAGGGGCCAGAAAACUGCAUUCGUCCCAAACUUAUCCAGGUCUCAAGAGAAGGACACUGUGUUAUAUACUAUGAGAGGGGACUUUUCUGUGUAUUCAGUGUAAAUGGAAAGCUCCAGGCCACUAAGGAGAUUGAUGACCAUACACGGGCGAUACUGAUGAGCCGAGAUGGACAGUACCUGUUAACAGGAGGAGAUAGUGGAGUUGUCAUGAUUUGGCAAGUAUGUGACUUGAAACAUCUCUUUGCAUACCCAGGCUGUGAUGCUGGCAUCCGAUCGAUGGCCAUGUCCUUUGACCAAAGGUGUAUAAUGACUGGCAUGGCAUCAGGGAGCAUUGUGCUUUUCUACAACGACUUUAACCGCUGGCACCAUGAAUAUCAGACGAGAUAUUAAUACCAAGCAAGCUGACGAUACAUUACUGAUGCA